AUGAGUCACAUACAUAACAGUUGUCACAAUUCGAUAAUCAAUAAACUGCCCCCAUUGCGCUCCCUGUCGCAAUGUGAUUUCCGGCUACGAAUAAAUCGAAUUAUAGGCACUUCUGCAGCAGACAAACAACAAAUAUCAGUACAGGAUGAUCUAGUCGCUUACACCGCAAGUGGGGGUGUUGUACUUUGUCACAUCGAUAAAGAAACCAAUGACGUUGUAAACCAGAGAUUCUUUUGUGCCAAUUCAAGUGAAUCAAAGUCGCAACUGCUGAACCAUGUUGGUGUCUCAUCCGCCAAUGCCUAUUUAAACAUGAUCAAGCCCGACUACUCACAAGAGGAAACGAUACGAGACCAGUAUGGGUACCCAAUUGUUACACACCCUAUUGAAAUUUACGGCAACUCCUUCUCACCAAAUGAAAUAGACGAAAGCACCAGUGCUUAUUUGAGCCCUUUAGUCAAUGCUCAAGCAUCUCCAUCGAAAUUAAAAGAUAAAGUCAGAUCAAUCAAAUGUAUUGCCAUCUCUCCAAACAAGCGGCUUUUGGCUAUUGGAGAGUCGGGAUACCAGCCACGCAUCCUACUAUUUUCACUCGCUCAAGACUCACGACAAUGUCCCAUGAUGGCGAUUUACGAGCACACUUUUGGCGUCAACAACUUGGUGUUUUCCCCGGACUCAAAGCAUCUAUGCUCUUUGGGGGUCAUUAAUGAUGGAUGUAUCAAUGUGUGGAAGUUGGGGACCAAUUCUGUUCAACUACAAGCGAGCAAUCGAUGUUCCAAUAUUAUACAUAAGGUCAUUUGGCAUGAAAAUGUUAUUGUCACUGUUGGAUUACGUUUCAUCAAGUUGUGGAGGUUUGACCAUGAUGGCGGUAAUAAACCGGUUGUUUUGAAAGGGAGGAAUGUUCAAUUGGGUAAUUUUAUGGAUUCAAAUUUUAUGGACAUGUCAUUGAUUAAUGAAGAUGAGGUGGUUGUGAUUGCCAAUGGUAAUCAGUUGUUGUUGCUUAAGUUGAAUUUUGAUCCACCGAAAUUGCUACCCUUGCAAACACCAGACUAUAGUAUCAGCUCGAUAGUUGCUGAUCCUGAGCUGGAGGUGAUUUGGUUGGGCGACACAGAUACGAACUUGAAGUGUAUCAAGAUUGAAGACCUAAUACUUGUUGAGUUUGAAAGUGCGAGAUCUGCAUCGUCUCCUUCAAAGGGUUCGAACCAAUUACAGCAGCAAUUGUCAGGGGUCUUUAGAUUGGAGCCAGGUAAAGCUUCAGUUACUUCAGUUGUUCGAUUAUUCAAUUUGUCAAAUGACUACUUGCUAUACCUUUCAUCAAAUGAAGAGAUUAAGUUUUGGAAUAAAACUUUAGGAGAAACUAAACCUUUAGCUGCAUCUAUCAUUCGACAUGCCAGUGGAGUUAAGAAAAGUUACGAUGAAAACUACCUUGUCUUUUCCAAGACUGGCACAAUAGAACAAUUUUGCCCAAACUUGGGUGACCUUGUGGAAGCGUUAGCUUUUACCACACCGGGCAUUGAGGUGGUUACCGACUGUUUAACCGCAGUUGAUAAAAGGGAGAAUUUGUUUAUCUUGGGAUACAGAUCUGGAUCAUUGUAUAUUGUUGAUCAAGAGUCAGACUCUACAAAAGUGCUAUUGUCAAUAAAAGCACACUCUUCAUCAAUUAAUGACAUUGUCUACUUUGAACACCAAGAGCAUGAACUAAUAUGCAGCAUAUCGAGAGAUCGCAUGAUUCAAAUAUUUGUGAAAGUGGAAUCUAAAUGGGAUUUGCUACAGACCAUACCAGUGCACAAUGGGAAUCUACUCAAGGCCAUUUUCCAUGAGGGAUAUUUAUAUGUUUGCUCAACUGAUAGGACAAUCUCCGUCCACUCUAUAACCACGGAUCCAAUCUUGACGUUGGUCAAGACCAAAUCCAUAACGUUGAAAUGCACACCGUUAACAAUGUCAAUAUUUGAUUCCGAUCUUGUCGUGUCAACAAGCGAUAAGCAGUUGCUUGUAUUUGAUUUGCGAAACGAUUGUGACUUGAAAAGAUCAAUGAAGUUGAUCAAUGAGAGAUUGAAUGAAAGUGUACAGGUGGAAAUGAUGGAGAAGUUUAAGAAUGCGUUGAUUGUCUGGGCCUCGGAUAAGUCUAUUCGAGUGUUUGAUUAUGCUACUGGCAAACCUCGAGGUGUUAGUUGGGGACAUCUGGACUCAUUGCUUGGGGUUUUUCUCGUAGAGGGUGGGACAACACAAGUUGAAGGUACGGACGGCUUCAACGAUGAUGAUAAUGACGGUGAAGUUACUUCGGAGCUUGUAACAAUUGGUAAUGAUGGAUGUUUAUUUACGUGGCGUAUAAUUGAAUCGGCAACUACAGCCAAUACAGUGCCCAAUGAAGGCAAUAAAAGCGCAUUAGAUGAUGGUUUUGUCGUUGCAAGCCUGCCAUCUCCGGCAUAUGCAAAAGUAACGAGAAAAAUCUUACCGACAGUGCCAAAAUUAGCAGCCGCAGCGGCUCUACCGCAGGCUCCACCACGGGCUUCACCACGGGCUCCACCACAGGCACCGUCAUCUGCAACGUUUUCUGGACCGUCGUCACCGAAGAAGGAGAAACUACUAGAUAGAUUGGAGCACGCAGCAACUGGUACAGGCUCAAAGCCAAGAGUGCAGCUAACAACCACAAGUACCACAACAACGGUGGCGUCACCUUCACCCACACCAAAGUUGACUGCUGCCACAUUGAAGCGAAUUGAAUCUCGUAAUGGCAGGAAUAUGGGUGCCAGUGGUACCCAUGCUUGCGGCAGCAGCAGCAGCAGCAGCAGUCCAACAGCCUCACCAAAGGUGACGGGUUCGCUUUCGCUAACGCGGUCCAAAUCGACGUCCCCUUCACGCAGGGCGCCGCUCAUGAACUUGCGUACUAGCUCUCCUACGCGGAAUAGCAAAAUCUCACCACCCAUUGAUAAUGGUGAUGGAACAUUAUCCAAAUUGAGUCAACCAUUGAUGAAGUCGCCAACCACCACCGCUCAUCCUCCAAAACGGCCCAUAUCUCCAAGCAGAGCCACUCUGGAUCCGCAGUUCAAAAAUGGUUCACAAGUGCCAGUGAUACCAAGUCUAUCUAGGUCCUCUACAUCCGAUUUGAAAGCAGGCGUUCAUGAGUCCAUGCUGACGGUGUCGUUGGUGGAGAGAUGCAUGAACCAAUUCGAUGAAUUGAUGAAUCGGGUUUCAGAGUUGCAAAAAGACGAAAGGGCUGUAUUACUCGAUAAGAUAAACGAAUUGAGGUAUAAAUUGGACGAUAGUAUUGUUCCGACAAGUAAUGGCAGUAACCGAGAUGAUCUUUUGAGCAAGUAUAGUGAUAAAUUGGUUGAGUUGGUUGAGGCUAAACUUUCAGGAUCGUCAAUCAGCGAGUGA